CAGCCCCGGCCCAGUAGCUGCUUGGAACGCGUCGUGUGCAGAGUAUAUUACGGCAGCUGGAACCAUGGCCAUGGACGACUACGAGGAUGACAUGAGCAGCGUGGGCGUAACCACGGCGCGCAUCGAGAACCAACAGCACCACCAGCAGAGCCAUCAGCAGGGACAGGGACAGGGACAGGGCAGCGGGGGCGCCGUCAAGGUUGGCGGCUGGCGUUACGAGGACGCUAGUCGCUACAUUGGCGAAUGGAAUCAACGCGGACAGAAGCAUGGCAUUGGCCAUCUGCAGUUUGCCGAUGGCACCCGCUAUGAUGGACAGUUUCAGGAGGGACUGAGCCAGGGACUGGGUUGCCUUUGGUUUCCCGAUGGUGCCAAAUACGAGGGCGAGUUCCAUCAGGGUUGGUUUCAUGGGAACGGCAUUUUUUGGCGCUCGGAUGGCAUGAAAUACGAGGGUGAGUUUCGUGGCGGUAAAAUCUGGGGUCUGGGUCUGCUGACCUUUCAAGACUUUACGCACGGCUUUCCACGCAACGAGGGCUACUUUCAGGACUGCCGCUUCAUGCGGAGGCGUCGCUGCCCGGACGUGGUGCAACGUGCCCAAAAAUGUGCCCUAAUGGCGCGAUCGCAGAGCGAGCAUCCCUACUGAACAUCAGCUAACCCAUCGUCCCACCGUCCUAGAGAAACAUCAAAUAAAUAGUCGUUAUCUUAA